CCGGAGCGCGCCUCGGCCUUGGGCGGAGCGGAAGACGCGUGGAGCCGUGAGAGGACUCGCGGGUUGUGCAGUGCACCUAUAAUGUGUUUUAGAAGUAGAUGUUAAACUUCAGUUUGAAGGAAGAAUGUCUCUCAAUCCAUCUGUAUUUCUUAAAGAAAUCGAAGAACAUAAUUCAAAAUUUGUGGAAACAAACAAAACUACUUCCAUAGCUUCAGAAAAUCCCCUUCAAAACUUAUGCUUAGCAUCUCAAGAAGUUCUUCAAAAAGCUCAGCAAAGUGGGAGAUCAAAGUGUCUCAAAUGUGGUGGUUCAAGGAUGUUUUACUGCUAUACAUGUUAUGUCCCAGUUGAAAAUGUACCUAUUGAACAGAUUCCACUUGUGAAGCUUCCAUUGAAGAUCGACAUCAUUAAACAUCCAAAUGAAACAGAUGGCAAAAGUACUGCAAUACAUGCAAAACUCUUAGCACCUGAAUUUGUGAACAUUUACACAUACCCUUGUAUUCCAGAGUAUGAGGAAAAAGACCAUGAAGUUGUACUUGUUUUUCCUGGACCUCAGUCUAUCUCAAUAAAAGAUAUUUCUUUUCACUUGCAAAAAAGGAGUCAAAAUAAAAGUAGAGGCCAAAAUGAUGACCUUGACAAGCCAUCUUUUAAACGAAAAAAAAUUGAAGAUCAGGAGGACUAUGAUUUGAAUGAUAGUAUGUGCAAAAACACAAUACUGAAAAAAAUUAUCUUUAUAGAUAGCACCUGGAACCAAACCAACAAAAUAUUCUCUGAUGAGCGACUUCAAGGGUUGUUACAAGUUGAAUUGAAAACAAGAAAAACUUGCUUUUGGCGCCAUCAAAAAGGAAAGCCAGAUACUUUCCUUUCCACAAUUGAAGCCAUUUACUACUUUCUAGUAGACUACCAUACUGAUGUAUUAAAAGAAAAAUACAAAGGACAAUAUGACAAUCUUUUAUUUUUCUACUCUUUUAUGUACCACUUGAUAAAGAAUGCCAAGUGCUCUGGAGAUAAGGAAACAGCAAAACAUACCCAGUAGUUGAUAACAAGUCACCUAUCAUUUUAUUUUGCUAAAAUUAAUAAACUUAUAGUUGUGCUUUGUUUAUUCUUGGGAAAUAAUUGUAUAUAAUAGCUGCAAUAUCACUUGAAAAAAUUCCAUUUUCACUCAUAUUUUUUAAAACAAAAUUGUAUCUGAGGCAAUUUUUCGGAGAUAAAGUUGAUUUAAAAACCUUAUUUUGAAAGUUAUUUGCUCAAUUUUGGCAUAUCUCAGUUUUAUCGCUAUAUUUUAAUAAAAUGUUUUAUCUAUGUAAUUAUAAUUAAAUAUUCGAUUAGAGGUCUUUGUUUCUUUUUCACCUAUACUUUUUUACCUUUGGAUUUAGAUGAGGUCAGAAUGUUUAUGCUGAAAAAAAAUUGAUACCGAUUUGUUUGAGGUUAGUGACAAAUGUAGGCACAACUAGAAUUAGAGCUCUAGUUUGUUUCUAGUGCUAUUUCUCUAAGUCUUCACUGUCUGUGAUGAACAUUUACCGCCUCUUGCAUCUGCCUGUUAUCUCUUUGAAGGGAAGAUUGUUAAUAAUCAUACGGUCCUCCAUUGAGAUGGGAUAUGUGACCUAGGAAGAUGAGUGUUGUAGCACAUCCAAAAUGCAGUGAUUGAUCCAGGGCUGAGCACAUGACCCAAUAGUAAAGGAGUCCUUUUUGAUGAGUCCUGUGGAUGCUGUAGAAGGUGGGGUUUAAACUGGGCACAUUGGUGCAGGACUAUCAUCCCAGUUACUGUGGAGUCUGAGGCUGGAUGAUCCAGGUUUGAAGCCAGCCUGGGCAACUUAGUGAGACACUGUCAAAACAGACAGACAAACAAAAAGGGUUGAUUCAAUCCUUAAUACUGAGAUACUGAGAGAGAAAGAGAGAGAGAGAAAGAGAGGGGGAGAGAGAGAGGAUUUACUUUUCAAAAGGCAAUAUUGUACAGUGGCUAAAUGCACAUAUUCUAGAACUAGACAACUGAAUCUAAAUUUCAACUUUGCUUUUUUAUGUAACAGCCAUAUGUCAAUUUUUUCAUCUGUGGCAAUCUUAUAGAAUUACUAUGAGGAUUAACUGAAUGAAUGUAUAUUAAGGGCUUUCAGCAUCACCUAGAAUAUUAAGUGCCAUAUUCCCAGCCCUUAUUAUUUAUUUGGCAUUGUGAACUAAGAAUGAUUUAAAACUAGGGCUGCUAGUGACUACUUAUGCCACCAGGUGAAAAGAUCCAGUGUUAGAAUGAAGGCAGAAGAAGAAAACAGGGUGGAGAGAUAAAGAGAGACUGAGUUUUGAUGACUUAAGCACAGAUGUGGGUGCUUUUGAAUGGAACCCUACCAUGCUCUAUAGCUUUUGUUUGCCCCUCUAUAGCUACCCUUAACUCUUUUCAAUUCUGCUCCCUGCCUGUGAAAUAUGUUCCCUUGUUCUCUGACUUUUGAUUUGAUUCAACAAAUGAGAUGCAUCAGCAAGAAAUUAGAGGUUGAAGGGAAAAUCAUUUAUUUCCCUGCCCCUUUCUUGUCAGGUCCUCAUGGGUUGAUUGUGUCCUUUUACAGAAUGCCAUUUUAUCAGGUAUCCUUUCCCUUCCCAAGCAAUUAUCCCAGUUUCCUCUCUAGAUUCAGAUCCAUGCUCUUUCCCUCUGCACAUUUUUAUUUAAGGUAGUAACGGUUCCACUUGUUGCUAAGUCUCAGGGUAGAUCAUUAUCCUUUGUUAUUUUCCCUCAUCCCUACUCAUACUUUUAUAAAUACUCAUUUUAUUAUGCUCCAAUAAAGUGACUUCAUUUGAA